GGGACUCCGCGAGCGGGGGCUCUGCCCGGCCGGGCUCGCCGUCCCGGGAAAGUUCGCGGGUACCGCGCUCUGUCCGGAAGUCCCCGCGCCCACCCGCCUUUUCGGGCUCCUCGGCCCCAGGCGCCGGCGCCGUCCUCCCAACGACCCCCCUUUUUCUCGCGCGCCCCGUGCCCACGAUUGGACCCCCCGCUGGAGAGCCUCGCGCGCAGAGGGCGGCUUUCUUAUGCCCGGCGCCCUCAGUCCGGCCCCGCUGGCUCGGAAACCUGGGCGCCCGGAAGCGCUGUGCGGAGUUCGUGCCUGGCCUGGGGGCGGGGGCGGCCUUGUCACCCCUCCCCAAGUGAAACAGACCUUCCCGGUGGGGGAAAGGCUUUCACAGCGGCCCAACGGGUUAACGCGAUUGCGUUUUCCUGCCACGAAGAGGACAGCUUUUGUCCGCCGCCAGUGUAGACAGCAGAUUGGAACAGCCCGGCCCCCUCCCCGGCGCCCCAGGCCGCGCGUCCAUGAUCCGAUUACCGCGGGAUGGCCCCGGCGCACAGAUGGCUGCGAAAGCAGACGCGCACCCCGGGCGAGGGAGGCGGCCCGGUCCCUCAGCCCCGCGAAGCUGAUUGCCCAAACCCGCUUGAGAAAGGUUGGUCUCCGCCAGCUGGACAUGUCCUUGCUCUGCCAACUGUACAGCCUCUACGAGUCGAUUCAGGAGUACAAGGGGGCGUGCCAGGCAGCCUCCAGCCCAGACUGCACUUACGCUCUGGAGAACGGCUUCUUUGAUGAAGAGGAGGAAUAUUUCCAGGAGCAGAACUCCCUGCAUGACAGGAGGGACCGAGGCCCUCCUCGGGACUUGUCACUGCCUGUCUCCUCCCUCUCCAGCAGCGACUGGAUUCUGGAGUCCAUCUAGAGGGUCUUGGGAGGGCUGUGACUGUUGGGAAGCCCUUCCUACUGGACACGCUGUCAGCAUUUGCUGCUUCUCUUGCAAGAAAGCACCUCCGUUGUGGACGGUCCUCGGGCACAGGGAAUGAGCGCUACCAGUUUCAUUUGUAGGCAGGGAGUUCUCUGCGGACGCAUGGUGGCAGUCUGCUUUGAUGGCAGCAGUUUCUGCUUAGGUGACCUAGAGGUCCUCAACGGUAUCCUCCACACCUUUUUAUUGAGGUGCACCUGCUGGGGAUUCAUAAUGAGAAUAUAAUAAGAGGAUCUCGGUGAAAGGCCUUAGUGGGUGUUUUGUGUGAGGUGGCUUGUAGCUAGCUACUUCCUUACAGAUGGUAGAGUAUUCCAAUCCUUUUUGUGUUAGGGUUCUUGCUUCCAGUUUGGGAUGUAUUAAAACCACCAUUUUACUGCUUCCCUUCCUCAAUAUGCUCUGCAGCUUUUCUUGCUGUUUAAUGAGCUUUUAAGCCUCUCGCUUCAGCUUUAUUUAUUUGUAAGCUGCAUUACUAACUGCCCAGUGAUUCGGUGAAAGCUUUUUACUGAAAAAGUUAACAUUUCUAAUCACCCUAAUCAACUGGCUUUUUUCAGCCAAAGUUUUGUAUCAUUCUUUGUCUAUCAGAUACGAGAGGAAGGAAGAUAAUACGAAGACAUGUUGAAUAGUGAAAAAAAAAAAAAAACACAAAAACUGGGGCAAGCCAGUGUGAUGUAUCACUCACUGUAAGAUGGCAAAUGUUUUCAUUUUUAAGAUUCCGAAUGUAAACUAGUGUGCUAGAAAGCAAACCACCCUCCACUCAAACCAGUAAUUACCUUAAGCCUUAAUAUAUUUAUUAAAAUACUUUAUGAGAACAUUACACUUUGUAGGUUAAAAAUGAGGAUAAAAUGCUAAACUAUC